AAGUAACAAGGCACUUUACUUGGGCACGCUCCCAGUUGACAGCGAUGGGGACGAAUUUUUUGACGCUUUUUAGUUGUUUGUUUUACUAGGAUAGUUUUUGAUUUUUAUUGUAAAUAUGUAUUGUAAAUAUUAAAGGCUCACAAUAACAUUCUCAGUAACAAGUAAGAUCGUAAGUAACGUCGUUACAACCUCCCAUUUAUCUAUGAAGAACAAUGUGCAAUUGAAACCUUUUUUGACAUCUAUUAGGCACUUAUUUUCAGCCAUUAAUGAACAGUAAAAAUAAAAAAAAUACUCUGUCUCUGUGGCAUGUACAAAAAUGUCAGCCUCAUCAAAAUUAAUAAUUCAUAAAUUUGAAGCGGCUGGGGUUAAUUUUAAAUCGUUACAUAUAUCCAUAGAAGAUGAAGGGAGUUCUACACCUACUACCAAAUACAGUAAAUGGUUGGAUGGCAAAGUGCAAGAGAAAAAGAAAGAAACUGAUAAGUCUUCACGCUUAGUAGUAAAAAUCGUUUCGGGAAAUGAUUUUGAUAGAUUUAAUUUAGAUGCAAGUGCAAAAGCAAUUGAAUCGCCUGAAUCUUACAUAACGAAUGUUUAUUCCGAGUCUUCAAUGCUACACAAAGAUGAACUUACUUAUAAAUUAGGUGAAAAAGAUCAAGACAUAAGUUACUAUCAUGAAGAAUCAAGAGAUACACUCCUAUCAAAUCAACAAACAUUUGAAACAAAUAUACGUUACGAGAAUGAUUUACAGUUUUAUUUGAAAAAUAAGUGCAAAUUAAAUAAUCCAGGAAUUUAUUUGAGUCCUUUAGAACACAGCCUUGAAAAAGUCAAAGAGAACAACGCUCGUAUUAUGGAAAAUAUACAUAUGCUCAAUAGAACCCUGAAUUAUACUAAGAAGAAAGAGAUACUGGACAUUGUUUGUCCCAAAACUAUAAGAUCAUUUCCCUGUAACACAUGUGGGAAAUGUUUUGUUUACGAGACUGGUUUGAGGAGACAUUAUUCCAUGAGACAUGCUAUGGCGGAGGCACAACCUCGCUGGCAAGUGGUCUGGACCUGUAUUCAGUGUUUCCAGGUGUGGCCUCGCCAAGACCAAGCUUUGAAACAUUCCUCUGAGUGUUGUAAAUCAAAUAAUGCCGAUUGUGUUAGAGAGAUCAAAACUUCUUCGUUGCUGCAAUGUGAAUUUUGCGAGAAAGUAUUUACGAGCAUUCCUAGAUUAUUACGACAUUCAAAAAAUCAUACUACAGCAAAUAAUUACGAGUGCAAUGCAUGUGGGAUGUCAUUUAUGUCUUACAAAACAGCUGAACAACAUUGGAUAUUAUGCCCAUGGUUGAACAUGUAUUACAGUUUUUCAUUACCGAAACUAUUGCUUUGUAAUGCAUGUGAUCGUAAAUUCAGAAAUUAUGAACAAUUGUAUAAUCAUAGAUACAAAGUUGGUCACUUCAUGACUAAAACACAUCAGGACAGCUCAAAAUCCCUUGGUAUAUUGGUCUACCAAUGUGAAAUAUGUGGCCAAUGGUAUUCUUCAACAGCACCAUUGAAGGUUCAUAAAAAUCAAUUCCACCCUAAACAUGAUAUGGGAUUGCAGUGCAGAAUGGAUAAAACCUAUCAAGAUAAUCAAAACUACUGUAUCUCCAAUGAAAAUGAAGUUUAUGUAAAUCAAGGUGAAGAGAUUAUGAAAGCAGCAGAUGAACAAUGAAAAAUAAAUAUAUAGAUAGAAGAAUACAUGCAUUUAGUUAUGAAAUAAAAACAUUUUUUAUAAAUUAAUGGAUAGUUUUAAUGUAUGCUUUUAUGAGUCAGAUGGCAAAGACAGGCUAAUCUAAUAUUAUAAAGAGGAGCUUGUGACCGAUAGCCACAUGGGUUGAUUGAUCAUAUGGUCCAGCUACACUUGGACCACUUUGGCAUUUGUUACGGGUAGUUGGAAGCCAUAAGGAUAUGUCUAACCAAGGGAAGUUGGGUAGGCCAGGGAACGGAAUUGGGAGUAUAUCCAGUUUUAGAAAGUAGCGCCCUCUGGAAAAUGCUGUCUUGUUAAUCAUUAGUUU